AUGUCCACCCCAACUGCAAGCUGGCCCUCCCUCCUCACCACCGCAAAACACACCCCACGAACAUCCACACCAAAACCCGACCUCCCCUCCCCACAGCAACAAUCCCUCAUUGACUCACUGCGGACUCUCCCACUCACAAACCAGGAUGCAGAUGCAGAUGCAGAUCAAUCGCAAGCGGAACUAAAAUCAGCAAUCGCCGAUAUUCUAUCCGAGUACGAGAACGAGAACGAGGACGAGGACGAGGACGAGUCCUCCACCUCAACAUCAAACGAAAAUGAAACCGCAAAAGAGGAAUGGGAAAACCUCCACGCCUUCCUAGCAUUCAUCACCAAGGAGCGGAUUGUCCGGUUAGAAGACGUAGGGAUCCAUAUUUUGAGGGUUGCGCUUGAGAGGGGCGAGCAGCACCAUUAUCACCGUCGUCACCCGGAGAUGAAGCAGGAGGGUACGGGGGCUGGUGUCGGUGUACCGCCAGGGACCGGGAAACGGAAAAAGAUGGCUGUUUUCGUCUCCUGUGCGGCCAUCUGGGCGUUGGUCAUGGGUGAGGAAUUGUGGGAAAGGAGGCAUGAGACUGAAGAAUUUCCCGUGGGGUUAUCUCUUUCGCCUUCGCAGCGCGAGUCUGUUGCUGCAGGGGAGGCCGCGGUGACUGUCUCCAAAAGUCGCUGGCAGAUGUGGAUUGAUCGGUUUCAGUUUCUGAGUCUGGCGGAAGAUCUGGAUAUCAAGACUAGGGAAUUGGCUGCCGAGGCGGCCGCCGUGAUGCGUCGGGUGACUUAG